AUGCCCUAUAUCUUCGUGAAAGAAAGUGAAGAAGACUGGUCUCCAGGAUACAGAGGUAGAAAGCGUCCUUCUGUUGGACUAACGGUUGUGGAGAUGCUACCAGUGGAUCGUCUUCACCUCAAACAUGUCCUGCAGACAGUUGGUGCCCUGGAGGCAACUGUCCUCCGCAGCUUCGGUCCAGAGGGAGGACAGGUGCUGUUCACCCGGGACACAGGACACGCCAUGCUGAGCCGCAGUGGGACACGCAUCCUCAAAGCACUGCGGCUUGAAUCUCCACUCGCUAGGAUGGUGGUGGAGUGUGUCUGGAAGCAUAGCAGCUCAACAGGAGAUGGAUCCAAGACCUUUAUAUUGCUGCUGGCAUCAUUACUGCGAAUGAUUCAUACGAAAGCUUGCAAGGAGCCUAACGUGUCUCACACUUAUAACUCUCGGGAGGCAGCAGAAGCUGCCACUGCCAGGCGCUUUGCUGAUGAACUGCUCGCAUUUGCAUUGGCGGAAUUGGAGGAUCUCAUCGCUGUAGGAGUGGCCUCGUAUGGAUUCUGUGUUUCCUGGGAGGAUUUCACUGCAAAAUCACAUCAACCAGCUGCUCACUCAGACCCUCACUGCGUUCAAAAGCUGCUGACAUCAUUCUUCCACACUCGUCUCGGCCACACCCACUGUGACUUCAUAAGCAACCUCACCUGUGAAGUUCUCAGGCACUGGACGUUUGUAAAUGACCAACCUUCCUCAGCACUUCACUUUGUAAAUGACAACUUCCCUGCCCUGCAUACGGCGGUGUCAGGCUUCCCUAUGAGCUGCUCACGUUUGAUUGAUGGGCAGGUCAUUCACAGGGACUUUGCUGUGCCCUGCCCUCGGACUGAAGACCAGCCAGUUAAAGCUGUAGUAUUCAGCGGGUACCUGCAGCCGAAAAUACUUGGCGCUGUAGAUGUGCUUAAGGUGGGAUGUGGAGGCCUAGUGACUGAGGAGAAAAGUUUUGUGGAGUUCAGUGCCUGGUCAGAAAGGUCACUACAGUGCGUCAUUGCAAACCUGCAGCGUUUGGGUGUCUCUGUGCUUCUCUCUGCAGUGAAACAGUCUGCGGCUGUUCUGGCUUCAGCUGCCCAGGCACAAAUGUGUGUUGUGGAGUGCAUCGGCAAAGAUGAGCUGGCCCUCUUUGCCAAACUAAGUGGAACAACACCAGUGUCAGACUGCUGGACGAUUGAAUCACAGGAUGUUUCUACUCUGACCUUUUGCCGGCCAAUACUACUUGGAGCACAUAGAUACGUUCAUGUGGCUUUCCAGGAUUUAGAGAAGAGGGUCACAGGCGAACCCUGUAGUCUGGUCAUUUGUGGCGCAGGGGAAGGCCAGACAGACCAGGUUGCAUGUGCGUUUCAAGAUGCCAUCCGCAUGCUACUUGUAACUUUCCAGCCCAUGGGAAGGACUUCAACCACAGCAUCAAAAAGGACAAACCAGUUUCACGAUAGCACAUCUUCACCUGCAUCUGAUCACUCUGAUAGAACCACCCACACACCCUCCAAUGCAAUCCUCUCUCAGCAGUGUGUGUUGGAGCCAGGCUGUGUUUUAGCUGCCGGUGGAACAUUCGAGUUUCUCUUAAAUCAUGCCCUCUUACAACAUGCCCGCUGUCGCUUGGUUUCUAAUGGUACAAAGAUGAGUACCCCUGCUGUUUCCCAGCUCUUGGCAAGUGCUCUCCUGAGUGUCCCACAACAGAUUUACUCCCACAGUGCGCGACACUUCCUACAGAUUCAAACCAGGAUCCUCGGUUUGCUUCCAAAAGAUUCCCACACGUUCAGCCUCCUUUCUAAACAAAAACCCAGCACAAGUCUUGUACAGGCUUGUUGUGCUAGUGAAUUUCCUGCAGCGGGUUGUAAACUAAGCAUGCAUUGUUGUGGAAGGACUGACGUUUUAUCCAAAGCUCUUAUGUUGGACUCGGGCCUUGAAUCUGUCUCUUGCAAAUACCAGCUGCUUCUGGCCGUGCUGCAGUGUGUCAGGAGUGUCCUCCGGGUGGACAUGGUGCUGCACACACACUCUGCCUUGCACACACAGUCACGCAGACCCACAGACGUUUCCUCGGAGGGCUCAGAGGAUGAGGCUGAAGAUUGAGAUUGUAUUGUUUCCCGUGUUAAAAACUAUAAACAUAUUUUUGUCUUGGCACACUGGUGCACUUGGCUGCUACAGUUUAAAGAAAUGUUAUUGCCACAUUAUUUUUUGGUUGUCCCACUGCAAUAUAUUUGUAAUCCAUUACUACAGA